AUGGUUGCUACGCUGCUAGCCUCCUCUCCGGGGCCUGUUUUGGCCGAGGAUGCUGGCCUCAAGACGCUGGAGAAGGAGAUCGCGGCACGUGAUGCUGGCAUCGUUCGCCUUCAGGCAGAGAAGAAAAAACCCAAACUGAAGCUGAACGAGGUGGAGAAGCUUGAGAAAGAGGAGCUUCAGACCGCACGCGCCACCGAGCAGUUGAAGGAGAAGAGGAUCAUUGAGGAAGAAAGAAAGGCGAAGCAGCAAGCAUUGGAAGCAGAGAAGCGCGAGAAGGCCCAAAUUGAGAAGCAGGAGAAGGAAGCCAAGGCCAAGAUUGACAAGGAGUACGAGGCCGAGAAGCAGAAGAUUGACCGUGAGGAAAAGAAGGCGAUCGACGAAGCCAGGCGCAUUGAGAAAGAUGAGAAGAAGGCGGCGCGUGCCCUCGAGAAGCAAGCCUUGUCGAAGGCCAAAGCAGACAGCGAUCGCCUCGCUGCGGAGGAGAAGAGCGAAGCAGCCUUCAAUGCAGCGACUGAGAAGGCAGAGGCCGCCAUUUUGGCCGCUGAGCAGAAGUCCGAGGAGGCGUUAAAGGCAGCCUUGGAGAAAGCGGAGAAGGCCCGAGUGGAGGUCGUCGAGAAAAGCGAGCUUCUGGAGAAGGCGGCUGCCGAGCGAUCCGAGUUCGCCAUCGACCAGGCCACGGAAACCGCUGAGAAGGCAGAGAAGGAUGCCGUCUUUGAGGAGGAGAAAGUGGAGCAGGAGGUCGUUGAGGCCGUGGACGCCAUCGAAAAAGAGGAGCUCAUCGAGGAGAACGCCUUGCUCGAGACUCUCAAGAACACGCUCUCGAGCGCCUGGCAGGUUGCCGCUCCGCUCGUGAUCCCCGGGGUCUUCCUCGCCCUCUACGCUGUGAUCGCCAGCUUUUUCAGCAAGCCGCCGGAGCCUUGCCUCGGCACCGAGAGCGAGGACGUCCGGCAGGUUAUGGGCCGCACAGAGCGUCCAAAGAAGGCCAAGGCAACCCUUGACCCUUGGACUGACGGGGGCAAGAUGGCAGUGGGUGCCAGUGCAGCAGGAGCUGUCUUGGCGAUGAUGUCUUCGUCUCCCACUCUUGGCUUUGUGUCGCCUUCUGCUUCCGCACCAAGCCUUCGAAGCUCCCUCGCUGCGCAGACCACGCAGUCCGGCCUGUCAGGCCUGCAGGCGGUGCAGCCUAGGAAGCCUGCCGUGCAGGGCUACAGUGCUCUCUCGAGCCAGGGAGCUCUUGUUCUUGGGGCAGCCUUGGGCGUUGCUGGUGGCAUGCACCAGCGGCUCCGCAAGAUCAGGCUUCAGGCCCAAGCCAAGCCUUCUGAGAUUUCUGGCGCCAACCCACUGAAAGUCGUCGUUGCUGGUGGAGGCGUUGGCGGGCUCCUUCUGGCCAAGGCCUUGAGCAAGGAGCCUACCAUCAAAGUCACGGUUUUGGAGCAAGCCAGCGCUUUCCAGCGAUUCGGUGGUCCUAUCCAACUGGCCUCGAAUGCACUGUCCGUCAUCCGCGACGUCGACUCGGAGCUGUUCGAGGAGCUGAUGAAGAGAUUCACUUUCACGGGAUACAGGAAGAAUGGUUUGGUGGAUGCCUUGCGCAGCGAAUGGUAUUGCACCUUCGAUGCGAUGAAGGAUUCCGCUGAGAUGUACGACCUGCCCUACACUGGAGUGGUUGACCGGCCCGACCUUCAAGAGAUCAUGCUGCAGGCCCUGCCUGAAGGUGUUCUUGUGAAUGCUACCAAGGUGGUUGGCUACGAGAAGCUUCCCAAUUAUGAAGGUGUGAACAUCAAGACCGAAGAUGGCACUGAGUACAAGGCCGACGUCUUGAUCGGUGCCGACGGCAUUUGGUCGGCUACUCGUGCUCAGAUGUGGAACGAAGAUCAGAAGGGCCCCAAUUCUGGCUGCACUUACAGCGGCUACAUUGUCUUCGCUGGUGAGACCAUCUACAAGCCGGAUGAUUACUUUGACGUUGGCUACAAGGUGUACAUGGGCCCAAAGCGAUAUUUCGUGACCUCAGACGUCGGGCGUGGUCGCAUCCAGUGGUACGCUUUCGUGGCAGUCGGUGAGGGUGAGGAGGUGCCUUCGGAUAAUCUGGAGAAGCGCGAGUAUGUGAAAGCAGCCUUCCAGGGCUGGUCGUCCCAGAUUGCCGAUCUCCUGGAUGCGACUCCUGUGAACAGUCUGGAAGAUCGAUCUUUGUACGAUCGGCCCCCGAGCGUGCUGAAGUCCUGGGCUGAUGGACCCGUGGCUUUGCUGGGUGACGCCUGCCAUGCCAUGAUGCCAAAUCUCGGCCAGGGUGGAGGUCAGGCCAUGGAGGAUGCUCACUGCAUCUGGCAGAAGCUCAAGGACCUCACUGAUCGCAGCCAGGUGCCAGGCGCCUUGUCAGAUUACUACGGCGCUCGAAUCCUCCGGGCCAGUGCCGUCCAGGGCCUUUCUCGGAUUGCUUCCGACAUCCUCCUUGGCACUUUCACCUUCCCUUGGAAAGCAUCUGAGGGCCUGUCAGCUCCUUACGGCAAAGGCCGGGGUGACUUCACCUACGAAGGUGUCGUCGUCAACUACCUCAGGCACAUCCUGCCAGCGGCUUUCACGGCUCAGUUCACUUUCCUCUACUCCUUCCACCCCUUCAAGUGGACCACUCAGGAGGUCAAGAAGCUCGUGGGAGAAGUGAUGGACCGACACAAGGUGGAUGCAAACACAGCUUGGACGAAACGUCAGGAGGCUGUGGAGAAGGGCGAGGUCGAAAAGUUCGAGGAGGAGUGCAAACAAGAAUCCUUCUUUCAGCAACUUGGAUGA